UUUUAAACUUAUCGCAGUGAUUGUUGUUUUUUAGUAACAUUGUAGUUAUUGCGUAUGCCUUUUUUGGGUUCAAAUUUGGAUAAACAUUUUUGUUUCGUUUUCUGAAGCUGGCUAGCUGAACAGCAAACUCGUACGAAUCUUUGGGAGAAGAGAACAUCUGUAAACAGAUGAUCUUUUCUCCAGAACAGAACAGAGUUAAUCUGUUUCCAUUUUAUUGUUAUUGAAUAAUAAUGGUGAUUUAAAGUGCCGAAGAAAGGUUUCAAGAAGCUAAUGAAUCCAAACAGGAAAAAGAAAUUAACUCACAUUGAAAAGACUAAAAUUAGGCGGACAGCACGGAAAUCUUUUUCCCUCCCCAAAGCACAACGUAUCGGAAGGUGCCCUACCAUUACUCCUACGAUUCUGCAUCGCCAUUCGCAAGAAAUAGACAUAGAUGAGAUUAAUGGGUUCCCAAGUACUUCUGCUGAUGCAGAAUCAUGCGCAAAUGCCGAGUCGGAAUUCGAAGCUUCUACAGAGCAGAUGCGAUCAUCAGAGUUUACAACUAUAGAUGAGCUCGUAUUUCUUCAUCCAGUGUCAUUUACUGCUUGCGUCAAUUCAGAACCUCUGAAUAUUCCUGAAGUUAGCUAUAUAAGGGGGAAUAAAGAACAAAGUUAUACAUCUAUAGGAAGCAUCGAAACUAUUAAAAGAGCUGUUCCGAUUGAUUCAUCUACAUUUAUAGGCAGCAUCUCAAGAUUGCAUGGAGAACCUGUGAAUAUUCCUGAUGUCAGCUUUAUACGAGAGAAUGAUGAAAAAAGUUGUUCAUCAAUAGAUUCGAUUACCUGUUCGGAUAUUGAUUAUUCACCUGGUUUCGAAAUUUCUGAAAAUUCAGAUGAACAAAUUUCUGAUAAAGAUAUUGAUGAAUACGGUGAACUAAAUUUUUUCGAAGAUACUGGUUUUAACGAAACGAUCAAUUCUGCUCCUCAUAGUCGAAAACAUAAAGAUGAAAUAGGAAAUCGCUUCGAAGAUGAGGAUCACUAUAACAGUAGAGACAGUUUUGGAGAAGCUCAGAAUAGCAAAAUUCAUAUUCCCAAGGAAAAAGGAAAACCUUAUAGAAAUGUUGCAUCUCUAAGGAAGAAACACACAGAUGAAAGAGGAAAUUCGUUUGAAGAUUUUAAUCAAUGUUAUGCUGAAGAUAGAUUUGAAAAUGCUCAGAAUAUCCAAGAUGAAUUACAAAAGAAUGAAUUCGAGAAUAGCCAGACUGAAACUGCGAAAUAUCAGAGAAAAGGCAAUGAAAAAGUUGGGCUUGAUAUUAUUCAGAGAAAGUUAACAAAUUCUAGUCACCGAAUAAGAAAUGAGCAGGAUGAAGGAAGAAGAUCGUUUCAAGAUAAAAGAAACAGCUUUCAAGAAUCUCAAAACAUACAAACUGAUAUCUCCAAGCGAAAGAACACACCAUAUAGAAGUGCUGUAUUGAAGACUAAGAGAGACUUUAAUACUUCGAAGAAAGCGGUCAAAAGUCUGAACAUUUCGAAGAAUUUUACAGAUCACAGUAGGUUAACAAAUAUUAAACACGAAAGUAAACGUAAUGCUGAAGUAAGAAAUUCGUUUGAAGACAAAGAUAGUUAUAGCAGCGGAGAUAAUUUUGAAGUUCCUCAUACUAUCCAAACUGAGACUCCCAAGAUAAAGGGAAAAUUUUAUAGGGGUGUUGGGUCUGCAAGGAGGAAACAUACGGAUGAAAAAGGAAGUUCAUUUGAAGAUAUUAAUCAACAUUAUACAGAAGAUAGGUUUGAAAAUAUUCAGAAUAUCCCAGAUGAAGAAUUACAAAUGAAUGAAUUCGAGAAUAGCGAGACUGAAACUGGGAAAUAUCAGAGAAAAGGCAAUGGAAAAGUUGGGCAUGAUAUUAUUCAGAGAAAGUUAACAAAUUCUCACCGCCAAAUAAGAAAUGAGGAGGAUGAAGGAGGAAGAUCAUUUGAAGAUGCGGAUGAAGAUAAAAGAAAAAGCUUUCAAGAAGCCCAAAACAUACAAAUUGAUAUUCCCAAGCGAAAGGAAACGCUUUACGGUAGGGUUGCAUUGAAGACUAAGAGGUGUUUUACUUCAUCGAAGAAAGUGGUUAAAAGUCGGAGCAUAUCGAAGAACUCUGCAGAACAAGAUUUUGUUGCAGAUGGUCGGAAUAACCAAAACCAGGAGGAAAAGAGAAACUGGCCUCUCUGUUGCCUUACAACUUUUAAUAAAAGAACAUUUUCCAUUCUACAACCUGUAAUCCGUCAUGAUAUACCAAUAGAUUCAAUAACGCUGAUGUCCUUGGAAGAAAACAAAAAGAAAUGUAAACAUUCAGCAUAUUUAGUCAAGGCAUCCGAGUCAAAAAAUGCUUUAUAAAUUAUUAUUUUUGAAAAAAGGCUUUUUUAGCGUUAUUUCAGUUUUGUGAGUAAAAUUUAUUUAUUA